GGUUCUUAAGUGAAAUCAAAUGAAAGUACAGAUAUAUAGACAUUAGCGAUCUACUGUACUAUGUACUAACACUAUAACAAUACUUAUGCCUAAGUCUAACAGCAGAAUUAAUGAGUAAUCUGAUAGUUGUAUAUAAGUGACACACACACACCAACAGACACACACUCAACAUACAUAUAUAAAUAUAUAUAUAUAUGCCGAUAUCUAUCAGGAUACACAAUAAUUAAAACGUAAUUCAAGCAAUCGAAGUCAGAUGGAAAUGAAACCCCAUGGACGAGAGUGGGACAAAAAAUGAGUAAAAAUAGUAAAGAAAUAUUAAAAAAAAAAUAAAAAGAAAAUUUAAAAAACAUGUUACAAACAAGUGAAAUCUAACAAAUAAAAAAAAAAUGGAAACGAAAGAAAAGAAAUGAAAGUUACGCCCGUUUCUUGGCCUUGUUUUGUCAAUAGUUGUUGGUUCUUCGCCUGGCACCGCCCCAUAUAUCCAAUAUCCAAUGGGCCAAGCUUUCUCCUUGGCUUCUCGGCUCCUUGGCUCCACUAGUCUCCCUACCUAGUCCAACUGACAAUGCCUGCGGAUUGUCAACGCCUUGGAAACUGGCGGAGAGUGCCACGUUUGUUGAUUCCCUCAGCGCCUUUUUACCUUUUGUUGUGGCCCAAGGGCCGAGGGACACGGUUUAACGCUCCUGCGUGGAGUUAAUCGGGCAAUCAAAACAAAAACAACAACAGCAGCAGCUAAACAUGGGAAAGGCGGGCGCUGGCAAGGGUCGUUCGCCAACACCGACACCCAAUCGGGAUGGCGGGGCAACGGCUGGUGGUGGCGGUGGUGGUGCAACAGCGGCACCCACAGCAACUGGCGGCACCACUGGCGUCGGUAGAUCCACACUACAUGCCAACAAAACGAUACUGAAAACGGUAUCCGUGUUCCUUGCCAGCGGCAAGCGCAACUCGAGCAACCAACAGUCGAAGGCCGCCGCGGCUGCUUUGCAGAACAAACGGCAACAGCGGCAACGGAGGAUGGAUGAGCUGAGCGGCAAAGUGAAUCCCAAGCUGUUGGACAGCCUGCGAAAGAAGACGCGGUUUACCAAGGAUGAGCUGGAUGCGUUGUGCCGCAUCUAUCGCAAGCUGGUGUCCAAUUGUCAGUAUGCGGCCAAGACGCUGGCCUCCAGCUCGUCGAGCGCAGCUAUUGCCAAGCCACAUGCCGCCGUGGAGGGCAUCGAUCGCAUUGUGUUCCGCGAGCUGUUGCACAGCACCUUCGACAUCGUCACCGAGGAGAUCCUGAUGGAGCGCAUCUUCUGCAGCUGGGACAAGGCCCACGAGGGCUUGCCCCUUCGUCUCGAGGGCUGGCUGAUUGGACUUUCAACAUUCCUGCGCGGCACGCCGGCGGAACGGGCGGCUUUUUGCUUCCGCGUUUACGAUCUGAACACGGAUGGAUUCAUCACCAAGGAUGAAAUGUUCACGCUGCUGCGAAACUGCCUGAUUAAACAGCCGCAGGACGAAGAUCCCGACGAGGGCGUCAAGGAUCUGGUGGAGAUUGUGCUCAAGAAGUUCGACCUGGACAAGGACGGCAAGGUAUCCCUGGAGGACUUUAUGGGCACGGUCACCGCGGAACCAUUGCUAAUCGAGGCCUUUGGCCAGUGUCUGCCCACGGACAGCGCCGUGGUUUCCUUCUUCUCCACGCUGCAGGUGUGAUCAGCAUCGAAAGAUCUUUGAAUUUGUUAAUGUAUCAAUAAAAUUAAUCAUUAAUUUAUGCAUAA